GAGAGAGAGAGAGAGACACCCCUGUAUAUUGCUUUAGAGAUCAACGACGGAGGGGGUGGCCUGUGGCGGAAACUGCGAACAGCCCUCGACGCCGCGAAGCCGGAGCCGGCGAGCUUCUCCGCCAUCCACCACCGCGCGCCGGGCCCCUCCUCCCCUCCCCUCUCCUCCCGCCGCCGUGACCGAGGCUCUCCGGGGAGCGGCGAGGAGCAAUGGCCGAUCGCUCGGCGGCUCGGUCGGUUUCGGCUGCAAUUCGGGUCGAAUCUCGAGGAGAUUGAUCGCGGACGGGCGAGGCUUGGGCUGCAGUUUCCUAAUUUCUCAGUACUUAAUGUUUUCACUAAAGAUCGUAUCCUCUGCUGAUAAGCUUACCAAUUGAGAAAUUUUAUCAUGGAGUUGACAUAAGGCCUUUUUCAUGCCUUUUUGUGUCCAAAUUGAUGAGCUUGUCCGGUGCAUAUAAAGAUUGAGGAAAGAAGCCGGAGCAUAAUGGAAGCAAGCCAUACUUAUUCGCUUCCAAAACCUGGUAUGCAGCAGCUGAAUAAUGUGAGGGCCUCAGGAGUAAUGUCUUCAUCCUCUCCGGUUCUUCCAACUCAUUUUGAAGAGAGAUAUCCCAAGCUUCCAGAUUCUCAUCAGGUUACCAUGUCAAGUUCUCUAUCUCCUGGAACUCCUCUGCAGUCCAGUGGUGGGGCAGUUGGUCAUAUGUGUUCAUCGACCUCUGGAUACUCAACGGGUCUUCAUUACUCAUCUGUUGCUCCUCCGGAAAAGCAUUCAGGAAGUGCUCCCUUUAUUUCUCAGUCAACAAGUGGUAGACCGACUUAUAUAAUAAAAUCUUCUGCUGAUGCUGAGCUUCUUCAAGCUGAAGCUUCAACACAGUAUGCUAACAAUGAGAAGGCAUCUUGGGGUUCAGAUGCAUUACCAUGCAUAUAUGAUUUUCCCGUGAAUUCUCCCUUUCAGAACAAUGAGAUGGAAAGUGGUGAUGGGAUUGGUGUCCUGGCAUCUGAGGACUUAAGUAAACCAAACAAUUGGCAGGAAUGGGCAGAUCAGCUAAUCAAUGAAGAUGACGAUUUGACACCAAAUUGGGAUGAGCUUCUUGGCGAAACCAACUACUCUAAUCCAGAAUCAAAGAUGGCAUGCGGGGUCAACAAAUCACCAUCAAGUCUUUCAGCACAUCAGACACGAUUACAUCAAGAGCUUCCUGCUUCAUCGGGCGAUAUCCAUACUGCCAACAACUCUUCAUCCACGGCAAAUAGUACUGCAGCCAAGGCACGUAUGCGCUGGACACCAGAACUUCAUGAGGCUUUUGUGGAGGCUGUCAGUAAACUCGGUGGCAGUGAACGAGCCACACCUAAGGGUGUGCUAAAACUCAUGAAAGUUGAAGGGCUGACGAUCUAUCAUGUAAAAAGCCACUUACAGAAGUAUAGAACAGCAAGAUAUAGACCAGAUUGUUCAGAAGGGUCAUCAGAGAGAAGAUUGACUCCUAUUGAAGAAUUGUCAACCCUUGAUCUAAAGACGAGCAUGGAGAUCACUGAAGCUUUGAGAAUGCAGAUGGAAGUACAGAAGCGGCUACAUGAACAACUUGAGAUUCAGAGGAAACUCCAGCUUCAGAUUGAAGAGCAGGGGAGAUACCUCCAGAAGAUGUUCGAGAAGCAGAGCCAAUCAGGAAUGAACAAGCUGAAAGAAUCUUCUUCUACUUUAGACAAUCACUCUGCGCCUUCUGGAGAACUUCAAGACUCCCCUGGAAAAGGCGAAUAUGAAGAAUCCAAGGAGGAGCCAGAAAAAACUGAUAUCGAUCCUGUCAAUGAUAGCAACGUUGCUCCUAGAGAAUGUUUGCAGGAGCAGGGGGGGAUGCAAAGCGAACCUGCAGCCGUCUCUCUCGAGAGUCCCGAGCAAGGGAUGCGUGAGUCGUCUUCUCAGCCUUCAAAGCGUCAGAAAAUGCAUGCUUGAGGUUAUGAUUUAUCCCAACUCAGCAUUGCAAAUUUGCGGUGAGAAUGUCAAACCAAACGAAAGGAAGAAAUGCGUCGUUCAUGAUGUUAUUCUCAGCUUUUUCACAUGGAGCAUUGAAAUUCAAUGCUUAUUAUGUCUGCAUUUUUCAUUGUCUCUAUUUGCUGCAAUAGAUAUAUGUAAUUCAGCUGACCAAAGUAUCACUACUUAGUAGCGGCUUUCGCAUUAGCCGAACAUGGUGUCGGCCCUGGCGCAUCAGUUUUCUGUCUGGCUACAAGAGAUUUGGAAGUCUCUAAUCCCGAUAACAUGUGGGGAUGCUGCACUUUGAUGAUUCAUAUGUAUUGAAUGGUAUCCUCUUAUAUCUGCUACUUCCGGAUGAAUGGAAGAUGAAGCGCUUUGCUUGGA